GCGACAGACGGGACUGCACACACACAGUCGGCCGCCGAAGAGGCAGGAAGAAGAAUCAUGAACCCGCUGUCUAUAUUCGUGCCUCUUCUCAAACUUUACUACUGUGGACUCAGAGUUCUCAUCUAUCAGAUGUUCAACAGAUCUUUUACCCUACCAGUUCUACAGAAGCAGAAUGGAAGGGUGGGCAUUGUGACCGGGGGCACCAGAGGAAUGGGUUAUGAGACCGCAAAACAUCUAGCAAGACUUGGCAUGCAUGUCUUUAUUGCCGGCAAUGAAAAAGAGGAGGGCCUAGCCGCCGCGAGGACGAUUCAGGAAGAAUGCACAGAGGGGAAAGCGGAGUUUCUCUUUCUGGAUUUGACUUCGCUGAAUUCAGUCCGGAAAUUCGUCGAAACGUUCAAAGGCCGAGGGCUUCCCCUGCAUCUUCUGGUGAAUAAUGCUGGGACCAUGUUGAUCCCCGAGAUGCAGACGGAAGAUGGCUUUGAAGCCCACUUUUCUCUCAACUACCUCGGCCACUUCCUACUAACCAACCUGCUGCUCGAUUUGCUGAAGAGAUCAGGGAGUCCGGGCUGCUCUUCCCGAAUCGUCAACAUGUCCUCCGCAACACAUUACGCGGGGGUUAUACACAUGAAGGAUCUCAACAGGAGGCAAAGCUACAGCUCCCACGCUGCCUACGCCCAAAGCAAACUCGCCUUAGUCCUUUUCACUUACUACCUUCAAGAGCAGAUGACAGCCCAAGGUUUCCCAGUGAUGGUCAACGCAGUAGAUCCGGGGAUGGUGGACACGGCACUCUACAACAACUUGUGGAGCCUCGCGCAGGCGCUCAAAAAGCCAUUUGCAAAGACUUUGUUCAGGACUCCAACAGAGGGUGCGUCUAUCAUCAUGUAUGCUGCAACAGCCUCGGAGAUGGAAGGAGUGGGUGGCUGCUACCUCUACAACGGCGAAAAGAGACAAUCAGCCCGAGACUCCUAUGACACUGAGCUUCAAGCGGAGUUGUGGAAAAUGAGUUGUCAGCUUACAGGUCUAUAGAAGGCCUGAUAUGCAACAUGGUUGCCCAUCCAAGACCUACAGAUCCACAUCAAACUCAAAGCAAGCAAAA